AUGGAGUCGAGGAAGUACCGCGCCGAGCGGCAGAAGCUCUUCUUGACGGUGCAGAGUGCGGUGCUGCCGAGGUAUGGCUUGGAGGGCACCGAGCGUGGAGUCUUUGAGAUGCUCUCGCAAUUUGAUCAGCCAGAGAUCCACUCGACCGAGGUGGGAUAUGAUGGGAAGGCGGAGAUUUCGCACGUCGAAAUGAGUUGUAUUUUUUGGUAG